GGAGUCAUUUAAAUAAACGAAAAGAUAUAGUAUCUGAAUGGAUAAAAAACAAAAUAUAUAUAUUCGAAAAUUACGAAUAAGUAGGAAUCGACUUUUAUAAAACUUUAUCUACAAAAAACUAAUUAUAAGCUGGCUAAAUAUUAAAGCAAUUUGAAAUAUUUCCAAAAGCAAUUUUUAAAUAUUAAUUUUAUUAUAAUUUUGCUUUAUUAUUUUCUAAGUAUUCCGAAUAUAAAUAAUUACUUCUUUUAUGUUACAUAGAUUAUAUAUUAAAAGGUGGAUUUAAUAAUAUAGAGAAAUACAUGCCUGUAUAUCAAUUAUAAUUUACAGGAUAAUAAUAAUAUGAAAGUUUAUUCGCUUUAUAAUUUACAAAAAGCAAGUUUAUUGUAUUUCUUGUAACUAUAGUCUAAAUUCCUAGAAUAUAAAAGGAAUAAUUAAUGAAACUUGAAUAUUAAUAAAGUAUUCUUUUUCUCGAUGUAAUUUCUGAUAAAUAAUUCGAGAAAAUAUAAUAAUAAAAAUAAGUUAAAGAGCAUUAUUUACAUACUAUUUUAAAAGAAUACUCAAACGAACUUGCAUAUGCUAUAGACCAUAAAAGCAUUGAUAUUUUACAAACUAACAAAAAUGAAGAUAAUGAUUAAUCGAGUUUAUAUUCAAAAUAAAAUGAUGAAGUGGAUUAAAAAGUUAAAAAUAAUUUCGAAGAACAUUUUUUAACAUUAGAAGAGUGUAAAAAUAUCGAUAAUGUAUUUACCAAAAACCCUAAAAAAUUUAUCCCAAAUAUAUACUUGACCAAAAUAUUAGAAGAAGAAGAAAAAAAAAAUUACGUUUUAAUUAACAAAAGAUGGAUUUGUAAAGACGUAAAUUUAAAUAAAAAACUAAAAGAAUUGCGAAAAUAUAAUUUAGAACUAAGCGAAUCUACUGUUGAGGAAAUUCUUGCAAACCUAUAAGAUGCUGAUAGGCUUAUUAAAAUGUUAUAAAAUAUGAAAAAUAUAAAUAUCGAUAUUACACCUGAAUAACUUAAUGUUAUUGGAUAAUCUGGAAAUGUAGUCUGUUUAGGAAGAUCAGGGACUGGAAAAACAACAUGCGCAGUAUUAAGAAUGUUUGCUUUAAAUACAAUUUUUAGGUAUAAAAUGGCUAUUAAAAUGAAAAAAUAAACCCAGAGUUUAUAAAUUGAGGACUUAAUAGAAAAUGUGGGAGGACUAAGAACUAUAUUCGUUACCGCAUCCCCAGUUUUGACUUAUGAGAUAAAAAAACACUAUGAUGGAUUGAUUAAGAAGUUAAAAGAUGAAUUAAAAGAUAGAUAUGAGAAAAAUGAUUUCGAAAAAAUUAUGGAAAAUUAAAAUAAUUAUAAUAUUAAUGAAAUUGUAGAGUUCGAAUAAUUUGAUAAUUUAAAAUCUAUGAAACCUUAUGAUUUCCCUUCUUUUAUGACUAUUAGAAAUCUCAUUAUGAUUAUCGAUGGGUCUUUAAAAUUUCCUUUUUUCUAAAGAAAUUUACAAGGAAGAUUAAAAGGAGAUGAUGAUGAAAGCUCUAAUGAUUCUCAAGAUGGAGAUAUAAAAUAUGGAAAUUAUGAAAUUUAUUUAAAAAAUUAAUUAGAUAAAGUAUUUGCUAAAGAAAAUAAGAAAAAAUAAGGAAUAGUAAACGAUAAAUUAAAAUAAACCUCGAAAUAUGCUUAAAUGGCCUUCGAAGUUGAUUUUGAAUAUUUUAAAAGGUAUUUCUGGAAAAAAGUUUAAAAUAAAGUUAUUGGAAUAAAAUAUUUUGAUGCCUCUUUUGUUUGGACUUAAAUUUAUUCUCAUAUUAAAGGAAGCAAAGAUGCUCACUUAAAAAAUAAUGCGAUUCUAAAAAAGGUUUACGCUGAAGAAAAUCCACAUCUUUCACAAAAAUAAGUUGAUAUUUUGUAUGAUAUUCUCUAUGAAUAUGAGUAGUGGAAAGCCAAAGAAGGUUGUUAUGAUUUUAUGGAUGUUAUUAAUUUUAUUAUUGCUAGAGUUAAAGCUGAAAAUGAUUUACCUUCUAAUAUUUUACUUUUAUUAAAACUAGUAUCUUCUCAUGGACUAUUUUAUUCAGGAGAUACUGCUUAAACUAUUACCUAAGGCGUAGGAUUUAGGUGUGGAACAUUAUAAAGUAUUUUUAGUGAUGAAGGAAGAUAUUGGCAGAAUCUUAGUGUUAAACAAUUAACUAAUAAUUUUAGAACUCAUAGACAAAUUCUUACUCUAGCAAAUUCUAUUAUCGAUAUUUUAGAAUUUUUCUUUUCCUCCACUAUAGAUAGAUUAAGGAAAGAAUAAUCUCCUAAAGAAGGACCUAUUCCACUAAUAAUAGGAAGUGAAGAUUUAGAAGCAUUAUUUUGGGCUUUAACUGGAGAAGAGAAAAGUGAGAGAAGUAAUAUAGAAUUUGGUUGUAAUUAAGUUGUUUUAGUUAGAAAUUAGGAAGCUAAAAAGCGAUUACCUGCUUAAUUAUAACAUGCUUUGUGUCUAACUAUUUAUGAAUCUAAAGGACUAGAAUUCGAUGAUGUUAUUAUUUUUGAUUUCUUUACUGAUUCUGAUGUAAUUGAUUAAUAUGGAAUUUUAAGAGUCAAUUUUAUGUAAGAAAUGUAAGACUAAAGAAGAUAAAUUUUACUUGAAGAAUGGAAAGACCAACAUGAAAAUACUUCUUUUAUAGAAAAUAUUACUUUUGAUAAUGAUAUUAAAUAACAAUCAGAAAUUUAAGAAGAAGAAAAUGAGGAUUAAAAUGAAGAUCAAGAUAAAGAUCAAGAUCAAGACGAAGAUGAAGAUGGAGAUUAAAACGAAGAUUCAAAUGAAGAUGAAGAAGAAUAAUAAAAUGAUAAUAAUGAAAAUAAAAGUGAAGAAGAAUAAAUAAAUGAAGAUAAUAAUAUGAAAAAAAGCGAAAAUAUAAUAUAAGAAAAUAGCGAUUAUUCAAUUAAUGAUCUUUCUUUUGAAUUUGUUUAAUAAUGUUAUUAAAAUUUUGAUCAUUUAAGUAAUUUUGAUCCCGAAGAUGAAUGGUUAAUAAAUAGCAAUCUUAGCUUCAUUUGA